UCGCGCUGCGCGUUAUAAACAAAGCAACGCCUGUGCGUGUGCAACAAUUUGCGUCGUUUGACAAGAAGAGCAAAAAAAAAAAAAAAAAGUUCUGGUGGACAUUUUUUCAAGGGGGUGAAGUUUUGAUCUCGGGACAAUCAGAAGUUUCAUCCACAGGUCCUACGGCUCUUCGACAUGGAUGACAUCCAGGCUGCGGACUCCAAACCCCUGCUGGUGGACAGGGAACUGCCGGGCUUGAGAGAGGCUGUUCAGCAGCUUGUUAUCAAGGAGCAUGAUGUGGACACUCCUCAUGGCAGAAUCCACUGUACAAUGAAGGGCGUUCCCAAGGGGGACAGGCCGGUCAUACUCACCUUCCACGACAUCGGACUGAACCACAAAACCUGCUGGGACACGCUCUUCAACCACGAGGACAUGGCCGAGAUCAUGCAGCACUUCGCCGUGUGUCACGUCGAUGCCCCCGGGCAGCACGAGGGAGCCAACACCUUUUCAACCGGAUACGAGUAUCCGUCUAUGGACCAACUCGCUGAGACUCUCCCACAUGUGUUGAAGCACUUUGGGUUGAAGAGCGUCAUCGGAAUGGGCAUCGGCGCCGGGGCCUACGUCCUGACCAGGUUCGCUCUGGACUACCCAAACAUGGUAGAAGGCUUGGUUCUCAUCAACAUCAACCCGUGUGCAGAGGGAUGGAUGGACUGGGCUGCACACAAGAUCAGCGGCUGGACCCACGCCAUGCCCGACAUGAUCAUCACCCACCUCUUCGGGAAGGAGGAGAUCCAUCACAACCAGGACCUGAUCGCAACGUACCGCCAUCACAUCAUAAAUGACAUGAACCAGUACAACCUGCAUCACUUUGUCAAGUCCUACGAAAGUCGAAGGGAUCUGGAGAUCGAGAGGCCUGUCCCUGGAAGCAACGUCAGAACCCUCAAGUGUCCUUCUCUGCUGGUCGUGGGCGACAGCUCCCCCGCCGUGGAAGCAGUGGUUGAGUGCAACACCAAGCUGGACCCGACCAAGACCACCCUGCUUAAGAUGGCCGACUGCGGCGGCAUGCCCCAGGUUGACCAGCCCGGCAAACUGACAGAGGCUUUCAAGUACUUCAUUCAGGGCAUGGGAUACAUGCCCUCCGCCAGCAUGACCCGCCUGGUCCGCUCCCGCACGGCCUCCGGCUCCAGCGUCACCUCCAUGGACGGCAACCGCUCGCGCUCGCACACCACCGACGGCAACCGCUCGCGCUCGCACACCAACGAGGGCAGCCGCAGCCGCAGCCACACGGCCGAGAACCAGCGCGCCCGCUCCCACACGGACGGCUCCAUGGACGGCACCGGCAGCAGCGGUGCCGACCAGGCCGUGCCCAAGUCCGCCGAAGUGUCCUGCUAGGCGGCGCCCGCCACCCUCCAGAACCCCUCAGUCUAGCGCUGCGCUGCCCCUAACUGACGCACGCUCGGGUUUGUCGAGACGCACAGCGGACGCUCGCCUGCAGGGUUUUGCAGUCGCCGCCCCGGUUUAGACGCCUUCUCCGCGCUUGCAUGUUCUGAGGGACUGUCACGCUCGGCACCAACACCAGCUGAGCGUGCAGUUAGGGGCAGCGCAGCCUCUGGGGACACCGAAGCAGAGAAUGUCGGAGAAAGCUGUGGCUGCGCGUACACCAGCUUCUACAUGUAUCUCUAAUAAUCUCUUCUAAAAAUCAUUUUAAUUUUGUUUUCCCUUCACCCCGUCCGUCUUUUACCGUACUGACACAGCUUUCUCACAUUAUACCUGACUGUAAAUGACUUCUCUCUCUCUCUGUAAUUGUUGGAUCAUUUAUUGUUUUGUUUAUAUUUUCUGAAUUGUUGUCGUUUGUACGUAGGAGCAAAUCUGUAGAUGACGAGAGAGCAAAGAGGCACCUGGAUGAAUAAAAAAAUGAUGUAACAUGACCUAACGCUAAAACUUUAAGGGACAGACUUCAAAUAUGUCGUGUUAAUAUGGCAAAUAAUCUUGUUUCACUUUGCCAAUGUGCAUUAACACCCAUGUGUUAUAUUAUUUCACAAUUGUAACAUUAAUCUCCAGGAAUCCAAUGAUGAUAUUUAGCACAUAAGCGUCAAUGAAUCAAAACACACACAAAUUCAAAGGUUUCACCUUGUAUGCUUCACGAACGAAUCACGGCUUCAGACUUUUUUUUUAUUUCUUCUGAUGAUUUCUAUGCAAGCAAGCGUAACGAAACAAAGACGUGCCAUGGAACUGUUCACCUCUUACGCGUGAUGCUCCUAUGUAGCCGUGGGGACUGUGGGUGAGUGAAGUAAUAGGUCCACAUGUUAAUAUGAACAUAGCCAUAGAACUUACCUGACACCUAUUACUCCUAUUUUACUUGCACUACAGCGACGUUUAUUGCUUCGUAGGACAUAUACAGGGCUUUGUAAAGACGUGAUGCACAACCACUUAAUGCUGUAGACGAGCAUUAAAAUGACGUAAGAGUUUGUAUUUAUUAAAAAAAAUGACAAUAUAAACCUUGUA